AUGAAACUCCAAAUCACCACCUUUUCAUUCUUCAUUGUGGUUCUACAUUUCCUAUGUAGUCAUGCUCAUGUCCAUGAUUCCUCCACAGCUUCUGCUGGUUUCAGUCUAGACCUUAUUCACCGAGAAUCGUCCCCUUUGUCACCCUUUUACAAUCCAUCAGCCACGCAUUCUCAACGCCUUAAAAAUGCCAUUCUUCGCUCAAAUUCUCGUCUCAGACAUAUCCAGUCCAAGUGCAGUAACCGGUCCAGAUCACCAGGCUCUGUCGAAUCCUACAUUAGGUACGAUAGCGGUGAGUACCUAAUGAAACUUGUUAUUGGUACACCGCCUGUGGAAACUCUAGGCAUUGCAGACACAGGGAGUGAUCUAACCUGGAUUCAAUGCAAGCCUUGUAAAAAAUGCUUCCAGCAUAAAAAUCCCCUAUUCGAUCUCCGAGCCUCUUCAAGUUACAAGACUCUGAAAUGUACAUCUAAACAGUGUAAGGCCAUUCAAGAUUUCCCUACCCCAUGUACCCGAGAACAUAAUAAAUGUCAGUAUCGCGUUGCAUAUGGAGACGGAUCGUACAGUAAUGGUCACCUAGCUACAGAGACACUCACUUUCGGGGAAACCUCAAUUAAAAAAAUUGCUUUUGGAUGUGGACAUGACAAUCAGGGAAUUUUUAGUAACAGCACUUCAGGGAUAAUCGGUCUUGGAGGCGGGCCUCUUUCGUUAAUCACUCAGCUGGACGAAACAAUUCAGGGGAAAUUUUCUUAUUGUCUGGUCUCCAUACUGAAAAAUGAGUCCAGUACAAUUAGUUUUGGUAAACAAGCAGAAGCUUCGAGUUUUAAGGCCGUUUCAACGCCAUUGUUUCCCACCCCUGCUCAAACUUACUAUUAUAUUUACCUCGAAAAGGUUAUCAUUGGAAACAAAACUUUUGAGGUUCCCUCAGAGGAGCCUGGAGAACACAUUCAAACAGGUAACAUGGUCCUUGACUCUGGGACUACACUAACUUAUCUUCCGGGGGGUAAAUUCUAUGAUGGCAUCUUUUCCACAUUGAAGGAAUCUAUGGGAGUCGAAACCAUUGAUGAUCCGGAUGGGAAUUUUAAAUUUUGCUACAAAACGAAUUCAGAUAUAAAAGUGCCAUUGGUUGCCUUCCAGUUUAAAGAUGCAACCAUAAAAAUCCCCCAGUCGAGUGCAUUUGUCGAAGUGGAUGUUGGUAUGACUUGCUUCACCGCGGUGCCUUCUGGUAUGUCCAUCUUUGGAAACAUAAUGCAGGAGAAUUUUUUGAUUUCUUUUGAUCUUCAGAAAAAUGUGGUUUCAUUUCAGGCUACAGAUUGCAGCAAAAAGUCCUGA